CCCGCUCGGAGGCGAACACAGUUCCGCCCCUGUCGCCGGGCGCGGGAGGAGCCUAAGCCCGGAGACACAAAGCCCUCCCCGGGCUGCAGGCGGAGCCAGGCCGGCCAGCGCGGAGAUCGGCCCGCCCAGCCGGCUGCCAGAACAGAGGCUACAGCCAGCCGCAGGCGGGAGCCCUCGGAGCCGGGGAGCAGGACCCCCAGCACCCCCGCACUCUCCCCGGCCGCCGGGGGAGCCCAGGUCCCGGAGUAGCUCGAAGGGCCCAGCCUGCUCUCCGGGCCACAAGAAGGGCCGGGAGCAUAGCCUGGUGCUGCAGCACAGCCCGCCUCGGACCCCCGUUAGCCCGGCGGUGCCGGAGCAGCAGGUCCCCCGUGAAUUCGUGGCUUAGCAGCACCAUCCCUUGCAGGGGAGGCCGCCGGUUCUUUGGCGGGGGCAGCCCUGGGGUGCGGGCUGAGCCCGGGCUGCUGGCUUUGUCGGAGAGCCAUCGAGGCGCCUUCGGUUCGUGCGUGGCUGCGACUGCCUUUUGCUCCCCACUGAGGUCCCUUUAGCUGCUGCCCCGCCGUCCUGGGCCGCCGCCGCCGCCGCCUCCUGGGAUGUGAGGCCGGAGGGAUGGAGAAGAUGGAUGCAGGCAAAUGGCAGCAGCGCAUCUCCUGUUUGCAGAGGAGGCUCCAAGGAGUAGCAGCAAUGCAGCGGUUCUGUGGUGGGCUCUCCGGGAGACCCGAGCUCUGCCGCGGGGAGACGGCAGGGCAGUGAUCGCUCACAGACCCAGCCCUUUGUGUCCAGGAGGGGCUGAGCAGCCGCUGUGAUUUGUAUUAAAUCCCUUUUUUUCUGAUGAAAAUGGAGCCGGAUUUGUUAAUGACUCUCUCAGACCCAGGGAGCAAGUCGGAGCGGGCAUCGCUGCUGACUCUGUUUGCCGAGCAGAAUGGGAGGUAUCUCAUCAUGGAGCAGAGAGGGCAGCUGCCUAGCCCAGACCUGGUGCUGGUCCCCAGAGAGUCGCCCCCGGACGCCCCUUUGUUCCUGGGGCCCUCUUUACAAGAGAGGGAGAGCGGGCCAGUGGUGCUAGAACAGGUUUUGGGAGAGAUGAAGCUAUCCGGGCCGGAUCCUAUGCUUUUCUCAGAUAGGCCCAUUGAGUAUUUAUACCGCAUGGAAAUGCAGGCGAACGGCCUCUUGGACCAAGACACGACCGACCCAAUCAGCGACCUGGAACAAGAGUCAGGUGCAGGUGAUAAUCAUCAUGGUUGCCCCCAGAGUGAUUUUGAUUUGAACCUUUCUCUGGUGCAGGGUGCACUGGCCUCUGCUCAGAACACAGACUUGGAGGAGCAGUUCUUCUCUCUUGUGCUGGACCAGGCUGUUUCUUCUUCUCUUCGGGAUUUACCACUCAGGAGUGCUGGGCUAAGUCCAGAGGAUUCAAACAAGGGAGAAAGCUUUCCUGAAAGCAUUGAAAUCCUGCAAGCAGAAGGGGAGUUUUACUUAGGAAUGGAGACCUCCCAGGAGGAGAACGCCUCUGAAGGACUCACUCCAACUUCCCCUUGGACUAAAGAGCCAGAAGAUUACAUAUCCCAAAGCUGCCAGGAGACGCUGUCCUUAAGUACCCAGGAUUCCUCCCAGAUUGACAAGGAGAUGGACCUCUUCCCCACUUUCCAUUCCUCUAGCAACCUGAGCCAGGCCCUGGAAUUCGCUCAGCCUGAUUCCAUAACUAAUGACUCUCUAGGCUGUCAAGAAGAGGAGACCCGUCUCCAGGCUGUGUUUGAUGCCCUAGACCGAGAUGGGGAUGGCUUUGUGCGGAUAGAGGAGUUUGUUCAGUUUGCUACAGUCUAUGGUGCAGAACAGGUGAAGGACCUAACAAAAUAUCUAGACCCCAGUGGACUUGGAGUAAUCAGCUUUGAAGACUUCUAUAGGGGAAUCGGAGCUAUCAGAAAUGGAGAUUCUGACAGCCAGUUGUAUGAGAUGGGGUAUACCCGUGAGGAGGAACCUUCUGUCUGUCCUGAUGAGUUUGAUGACUUCGUCACGUUUGAGGCAAAUGAGGUGACUGACAGCGCCUACAUGGGCUCAGAGAGCACUUACAGCGAGUGCGAAACCUUCACAGAUGAGGACACUGGCACGCUGGUACAUCCCGAGAUGCACGAUGAAGUAGAAACGGACAGUGCUAUUGAUUCCACGGUGCACUCAGAGUUCACCGAUCCUAUAGAGGAUCCAGAGAAUGGAUCCCACCCACAUGACCUACCCUUGAGCUCAGACCUCAACAAUCACUCCAUCGUUACCGUAAUUAGUGGGGAGGAGCACUUCGAGGAUUACGGAGAAGGGAAUGAAGCAGAUUUGUUCUCAGACAGCCUGUGUAACGGAGAAACCAGCUUUAGCAGCUCCUCUUUCCUUUCUCCCAGCUUCAACCCGCUCAUUGCGAAACUGCACAGCAUUAUCACUGAUGAGGCAUUUGAGUUUUACUGUAGCCAGUGCCACAAACAAAUCAACCGCCUCGAGGAUCUUUCUGCUCGCCUGAAUGAUCUUGAAAUGAAUAGUCCAAAUAAAAGACUCUCAAGCAAGAAGGUAGCAAGGCACUUACAUCAGACGGGCACCCUGACUGCAGAUGCUAUGGAAGAACCUUUCUGUGACCACACGGAAUGUGCGGAUGAGGACAUCACUGACAAGGUCAUCUUCCUGGAGAAGAGGGUAACAGAGCUGGAAAAGGACACAGCUGCAAAUGGAGAGCAGCACAGUCGGUUAAAACAGGAAAACCUGCAGCUGGUGCACAGAGCUAAUGCCCUGGAGGAACAGCUGAAGGAGCAAGAGUUGAAAGCAGAUGAGACGCUCCUGGAGGAAAUCAGAAAACAGAGAGAGCUCCUGACCAGGAUGGAGAGAGAGAAGAGUAUUGAGAUUGAGAAUCUGCAAGCCAGACUGCAGCAGCUGGAGGACGAGAACAGCGAGCUGAGAUCCUGCGUCCCUUGUCUGAAAGCCAGUAUCGAGAGGCUGGAGGAGGAGAAGCAGAAGUUGUUAGAUGAGAUAGAAGACCUCACUGCUCAACUCAAUGAGGAGCAGGAAAGCAAGAGAAAGAUGGGGGACAAACUGACCCAGGAGAGACACCAAUUCCAGAAGGAGAAGGAGUCCACUCAGGAGCUGAUUGAGGACCUCCGAAAGCAGCUGGAGCACCUGCAGCUGUUUAAACUUGAAGCGGAGCAGCGAAGAGGCGGAAGCAGCAGCGUGGGCCUCCAAGAGUACAAUAGCAGGACGCGGGAGACGGAGCUGGAGCAAGAGAUUAGGCGGCUCAAGCAGGAUAACCGCAACCUGAAAGAACAGAAUGACGAGCUGAAUGGACAGAUUAUAAACCUUAGCAUUCAGGGAGCCAAGAACCUCUUCUCAGCUUCCUUCUCCGAGUCCCUGGCUGCAGAAAUCAGCUCGGUCUCCAGAGACGAGCUCAUGGAGGCAAUUCAAAAGCAGGAGGAGAUUAACUUCCGCCUGCAAGACUACAUUGACCGGAUCAUUGUGGCCAUCAUGGAAACCAACCCAUCCAUCCUGGAAGUCAAGUAAAGGAAGCCGAAAGCUGCAGACUGUGUGCUGCUGAUCUGGGGUGGACUUGGUGCACUGAGAAGCAAAGGAGAGACUUUGGAUUCUUUGAUCUCCAUGAAGGCACAUGAAGUGUCACUUCAGAUCACUGGGUGAAUUAAUCCAGUGCCCUGGGGAAAAAGAAAACCAGCAACAAAGCUUUGUUGUUGGACUCUCUUUCAAGACCCUUGCUGGCUUUAAGGGGUGAAAGGGAAUCUGGAGAAUAAAUGGAGCAAAACGUGGAGUGUGGGGGGAGGGGAAGGGAAGGACCUGCCUCCCUGUCGAUGGAACAUAUCAAGCAGUGGGGCUGACAAAUGCUAGCUGGAACUGUCACAAUAUGUAACCCUGAAAUCCCUAUUGGCGCAUGGGUGGGGAAUAGGUCUAAGGAGUUAAGCAAAAUACAGGGUCGUGUAUAGAUUUAUUCUGCUGAAACUUUAAUGAAAAGAGAAUAAUAGUGGGGUGGAGAAGUUAGUUAAUUGACUUCUGAGAUAAUUUCCUGCCCUCCCCUGCACAGCCCAGAAAUCUGCUUUGCCAAAGUGCCCAGGACACCCUUACUGAGGCAGAUCUGUGAAUGAGAAAUGUUAGUUCCACACCCGUAGAAUGUUCUUGACCUUAGUGCAACGUUCCUCCCUCAGGCUGCACAGCUAGCACCAUCUCGCGCCCCCUCUUCAUGGGGGUUGCAUGCAGGAACCCUAGAUGACUUUUCUCUCCAUUUAGUGGGUGGAAGGAAGGGGGCAGGGGAAUGGCCGUCUUUGAUAUGGGGUGUAACUGGAGUUCGACACAUGCCUCGGCAUUUGUAUUUUUGUUCUCUGGCUUGGUAACGUUUUACAUCUACGGCAUCUUCUUUAAAUUCACUGUUCAUCUGGCUCCAUUCCUCGCACAAUACAGAGGGGUGGCUUUCUUCAGCACUCCCCGUUCCUCUUCUGUGGCAUGCUCCUUCAGCAUCAGAUGUUAGCACUUCUCCAUCAAGCCAUGGGACCUGAGUUGGACAGGACUGCAGUAAGGUAGCAAUCAGUGUGAGGGGUGAAAGCCACACAGCUGUAGAUGGAAGGACAGUGGCUCCCUAUCCUGCUGUUUUGUUGAGCGAGUGAAGGAAGGGCUGUGAUUUCUUCAUGGUUAAUUAGCGUGCGUUGGAGUCAGCCUGGUAGCUGUUAUGUCCUCCUCACUUCUGCUGUAUGGCCCACAGUACCCAUGUAGCCGUAGUAGUGCUCAGCCAUAAGUGGGCACGCAGCUGUUCAGGCUGGUCCCCUCGUGGUGCAACAGAGUGAGUUCUAGCAGAGGGGACCAACAUGAACCGUUCACACGCUUGUUUCGAAAGCCAAGGACCUCCGCCAUCGUCCCCUAUGUGCAUGAAUGCCAGUGGUACCAUGAAGUGUAUUGCAGUGAUCCAGUCAGAGGUGGGCUCUGCUGAUGAUACUGCAGCACUGGAGGUAGAGCCCUUUCCCAUGCCCGCGUUCUCCCCGUUCUUGUGCUGCAAUGCACUAGGCUUGCUAUCUCGUUCAUUGAGUAGCUUAGUGGCUCUAAACCAGGGACCGGCGGCUGCUGGUUUGACUUCUUAGACGACCGAGGCCACCUGCAGUGUAGUGAUUAGAACUGAGUCUUACACCCCAGCGAAGGUGGUGCUGGGAAGCUAAGGGGUACAAUUGACUGGAGGCUGAAAUCGAAGGCCUCUGAGAAACAAAAAACAUAUUAACAUCAGACCCAUUCAGGCUAGUAUGAAAUGCAUUUUAAAAGCCUUGUACAAUGCAUCCAGUUUAAUGCAUUUUAAAACCUGUACAAUGCAUCAUUCAAUAAGUAAAAACAGUCAUUGAUUAAAACUGCCUGUUCACCUCGGGCUACCAGAACAACCUCCAGGCUAGCACACACCCAAAUGAUCCAACUUCCUUGGCUUUGAUUUUGAUUUGACCUCUAACUGAAAGGGAUCCUGGUUCCAGGCACAGUCAGCAUGUUGAAUAUACAGUAGAUUUCUAUUUUAAACGGGGGCGAUUUCAUUUUUAAAUCACCUGGUUAGCUUUUAGAAGGGCCCUGUUAGCCAGGCUAAGGUGGGUGAAGAGCCUGUGUGAGUGAGAAUAGCUGGGGGAUCCCAAAAACACACAGUGGUGCUGACAGUCUCUGUCUUUCCCACUCUGAUGGAGAGACGGUUUCAUAGGAUGCCUGUGCAAAAUGUCCAUCUUCAUACGGGUUUGCCUUCUAUUAAGUCUUUAACCCAGACUUACCCAGCUUUUCAUUUGAAAUCUAAAGUAAGAGAAAAAGUGGCUGCAGGGACAGAUGGCAGCAGGUCACUGCUUUCAGCUCCAUCUCCCUCAUGCAGGGUCUGGAGCUCCAGUCUCAUUGGGAUGUUCGAGAAGUCCCCAGUCGCAUUCUGUGAACACACAAUACCCUUGGGCUUGUCUUUUGUAAUAUGUGCUGAGAGAGAUGAGACAACCUGCCUUCCAGCGAGGGCUGCGUUCUCUCUUCCUUGGACACCUGAGCAAUGAGCCAUCAUCUUCCUUCUCCCGCCCCACACCCUUGUGUAGCAUCUCCCAGCAAGCCAAGAGCUCCUGCUCAUUCAUUCUUUAAAUUGCCCCCUUGUGGACCUUUUCCCUCCCUGAGCCUGCGGGAAGAAGCCACGUAAUGUAUAUUUCCAGAUUAGCUUUGGGUGUAAAUCGGUGUAUACUUUGAGAGGGAAAUUUUUCUAUCUUGUAGAGUAGGUAUUUUUUAUAGAAUGGAGGUUGAUCAAUUUUUUUAAUACUUUAAAGAAGAGAGAAAUGUAUCUGUGUAUACACGUAAAUAUAUAUAUAUAUGUAUAAAUAUAUAAAUAUCAGAGAUCUGCCUUCUCAACUUGGGAUCGUGUAUCCCUAGUUAACACAUUUUUUUUCUGUUUGAUCACUAAGAGGUACUGUAACUGUAAAUAAAUCACCGGGAAAAGAGUUUUAAACAAAAAAAGAAGCACUGACUUGCACACUGAUCAUGCUUUAAGCCCCAAGGAAAAACUGUACUUCCCAACAAAGUUCCCCUCUCCCUGCUGGUAUGUGAAGGAAACUCCAAACAAGAAGCAAAACCAGUAUUGUCUGAACUGAUGUAUUGAUUCUUGUCAAAUUAAAAGCUGUUACCAUUA